AAUUUACCGAUGGGUAAAUAAGUGAUCACAGAAGAGUAACUUAUUUCUGUGUACUGUAUUCACUUCAAAAUUCAUCACUCUAUUAAUCCAUACAAAGAAAGCCAUUUUGCAAAGCUUUGUUUCUCUCGGUCACAACUACCACUACCAGUCCUUGCUGUUGGACAAAACUGCCACCGCCAAUAAUUGGGUUGGGAUGGGACCUUGUGAGUAAACCAGACAUCCUCUCUCUCUCUCUCUCUCUGUUGAUACUGCAACGCUCACCAACUCUCUCAGUUUACAGUUUCAUGAUGAUUCGUUUACACAGACAUAUUGUAUCCCACACCCACUUGGGUAUUUUCCACCUUACGUUUCUUACCACAUCCCUCUCCUCUUUCCCCUUUAUCAUCCAUUCCUUAGCCCUUGGUCCUUACUCUUUUAACCCCACUCUAAUUCACCCCUUCUCUCUCCACUUGUGAGUUGCUAUGCUCCAAGUACAGUAUUUAUUAUUAUUAUUCUUGAGUGCAUAAUCUACACUAAAGAGAGCUACCUUGCUAGCUAGUAUAGUUAACAUCAGAACACAAAGCUAUGGUAUAACACAUUGUUGCAUAUGGGGUCUGGUUCUGCUGCUUCUUGCCGAUUACAUUUAAUGCCAUUCCUUUGUUAGCAUCACUCACGCAUUAUACGGAAUGUUGGUCACCCUUCCAUUCCCACUCCCACUCACUUAUUAUCAUUACUCUUGCUUAGCUUUAAUUUGAUGGAGAGGCUUCAGCUUCAAGGACCCCUUGACUCCUCUUUGUUUGGUGAGCACCUAGAAGUGAAUUGCUUGGAACAAGGUUUUGUCGAUAGAGAGAGUAACUUCAAAGUCAAGGAGGAUGAACAUGAAGAACAAACUUUGAUAUCAAGCUUGGAGGGUAACAUGCCAUUCCUUCAGAUGCUUCAAAGCGUGGAAUCCCCUCCAUUUUCUCCCUUCAAAGAUCCAAACUUUCAGGCACUAUUAAGACCGCAGCAUCUUAAGAAACCAUGGGAAGGGACGCCCUACAUACCCACAUUGGAAUCCGAAAUCAAUGAAUUUGAACAGUACACACGUUCAGGCAGUGAUGCUGCUUGGGCUAAUAAGAAGACAAACUCCCAGCAUAAAGAUACCAGGUUAUCGAAACAUCAUCAUCAGGAACGGGUGAGGAAGAGGAAGAGAGGAAGAGAAAGUAAAGACAAGGACAAGGAAGAGGUUGAGAACCAGCGCAUGACCCACAUUGCUGUGGAACGCAAUAGGCGGCGCCAAAUGAAUGAGCAUCUCAGUGUUCUAAAGUCUCUCAUGCACCCUUCCUAUAUUCAAAGGGGUGACCAUGCAUCAAUCAUAGGGGGUGCAAUAGACUUUGUGAAGGAAUUGGAGCAGUUAGUUGAAACCCUUGAGGCCCAAAGAAGGAUGAGAAACAAGGAAGAAGAGGAUGGUGGAAUGAGGUCAUCAGCAUCAUCCAGCAGGAAAGAAGAAGCAAGUGGUGGCAAUGAGGCUAAGGCAGAGAGAAGGUCAAAGGUGGGAGGCAUUGAGGUGAGUGUGAUUCAAAGCCAUGUCAACUUGAGAAUUCAGUGCGAGAAGAGAGCAGGGCUAUUGAUAAAUGCAAUCGUUGCAUUGGAGAACCUAAGGCUCCCUAUUCUUCAUCUCAACAUCACAUCCUCAGAUUCUUCAGUUCUCUAUUCUUUCAGUCUCAAGAUUGAAGAAGACAGCAAGUUAGGGUCAGCAAAUGAAAUUGCAGAGGCAGUUGAUAAGAUAUUGACUUCAUUAACACAUUAACAGAUUAACUGAUGAUGGUUCUUCGCUUGAAAAAGAGAUGGCAGAAAUGGCUGGGAAACGGGAAACACAGGGCAACCGUUUAUUGUUUGCACAUGCCAGUGUCAUGUGAGCACAAAAGAUAAAAAACAAAUGUGUACUCGAAUGUUGCAUAGGCUAUCUUAUUAUUUAUUUAUUUUUGGAAAAUUUGGUUGGUGACAGAUGUGAUUAGGGUGUUUGUCUACGUGCAUCGAGUUUGAAAAAAUAGAGACAAAAGUUUUGCUAUCCUGUGCAUGAUUUUGAAAACUAGACCGGAUUAGUCAAUUGGACCGAUCCAACCG